AUGGACGACUGGAAGCCCAGCUCCCUCAUCAAGCCCUUUGGGGCUCGGAAGAAGCGGAGCUGGUAUCUUACCUGGAAGUAUAAACUGACCAACCAGCGGGCCCUGCGGAGAUUCUGUCAGACAGGGGCAGUGCUUUUCCUACUGGUGACCGUCAUUGUCAACAUCAAGUUGAUCCUGGACACGCGUCGAGCAAUCAGUGAGGCCAAUGGAGACUCGGAGCCAGAACAAGACUAUGAUGAGGCCCUGGGCCGAUUAGAGCCGUCACGGCGCAGGGGCAGUGGUCCCCGACGGGUUCUGGAUGUGGAGGUGUACUCAAGCCGCAGCAAAGUAUACGUAGCUGUGGAUGGCACUACGGUGCUGGAGGACGAGGCUCGGGAGCAAGGCCGGGGCAUCCAUGUCAUCGUUCUCAACCAGGCCACGGGCCAUGUGAUGGCAAAGCGUGUGUUUGACACAUACUCACCUCAUGAGGAUGAGGCCAUGGUGCUGUUCCUCAACAUGGUGGCACCUGGCCGAGUGCUCAUCUGCACUGUCAAGGAUGAGGGCUCCUUCCACCUCAAGGACACGGCCAAGGCUCUGCUGAGGAGCCUGGGCAGUCAGGCUGGCCCUGCCCUGGGCUGGAGGGACACUUGGGCCUUCGUGGGACGGAAAGGAGGUCCUGUCCUUGGGGAGAAACAUUCUAAGUCACCUGCCCUCUCCUCCUGGGGGGACCCAGUCCUGCUGAAGACAGAUGUGCCGCUGAGCUCAGCUGAAGAGGCCGAGUGCCACUGGGCAGACACAGAGCUGAACCGUCGCCGCCGGCGCUUCUGCAGCAAAGUUGAGGGCUAUGGGAGUGUGUGCAGCUGCAAGGACCCCACACCCAUCGAGUUCAGCCCUGACCCACUCCCAGACAACAAGGUCCUUAAUGUGCCUGUGGCUGUGAUUGCAGGGAACCGGCCCAAUUACUUGUACAGGAUGCUGCGCUCUCUACUCUCAGCCCAGGGGGUGUCUCCCCAGAUGAUAACGGUUUUCAUCGAUGGCUACUAUGAGGAGCCAAUGGAUGUGGUGGCCCUGUUUGGUCUGAGGGGCAUCCAGCACACUCCUAUCAGCAUCAAGAAUGCCCGUGUGUCUCAGCACUACAAAGCCAGCCUCACUGCCACUUUCAACCUGUUUCCGGAAGCCAGGUUUGCCGUGGUUCUGGAAGAGGACCUGGACAUUGCUGUGGACUUUUUCAGUUUCCUGAGCCAGUCCAUCCACCUACUAGAAGAGGACGACAGCCUGUACUGUAUCUCUGCCUGGAACGACCAAGGAUAUGAACACACAGCUGAGGACCCAGCACUGCUGUACCGUGUGGAGACCAUGCCUGGCCUGGGCUGGGUGCUCAGGAAGUCCCUGUAUAAGGAGGAGCUUGAGCCCAAGUGGCCCACACCAGAAAAGCUCUGGGACUGGGACAUGUGGAUGCGGAUGCCUGAACAACGCCGAGGCCGAGAGUGCAUCAUCCCUGAUGUUUCCAGAUCCUACCACUUCGGCAUCGUUGGCCUCAACAUGAAUGGCUACUUCCACGAGGCCUACUUCAAGAAGCACAAGUUCAACACGGUUCCAGGUGUCCAGCUCAGGAACGUGGACAGUCUGAAGAAGGAAGCUUAUGAAGCAGAAAUUCACAGGCUGCUCAGCGAAGCUGAGGUUCUGGACCACAGCAAGAACCCUUGUGAAGACUCUUUCCUGCCAGACACAGAGGGCCACACCUAUGUGGCCUUCAUCCGAAUGGAGAAAGAUGAUGACUUUAUCACCUGGACCCAGCUUGCCAAGUGCCUCCAUAUCUGGGACCUGGAUGUGCGUGGCAACCACCGGGGCCUGUGGAGAUUGUUUCGGAAGAAGAAUCACUUCCUGGUGGUGGGCGUCCCAGCCUCCCCCUACUCGGUGAAGAAGCCACCAUCCAUCAUCCCAAUUUUCCUGGAGCCACCCCCAAAGGAAGAGGGAGCCCCAGGAGCUGCAGAACAGACAUGA